GUUCUUUCAGAUCCUAAUAGACGAAACCGUGAAAUUGAUAAGGCAUCUUCAGACGCUGACGUAUUAUUGAAAAUAAAUCCAAAUUGCCCUGUUGCAUUACAUGCUCGGGGAGGUAUAAAUAAAUUGAAGGGUAAAUAUGACGAUGCAUAUUUAGACUAUAAAAAAUCACUGGAAAUAAAGCCUGAUUUUGGUGAUGCUAAAUUGAAAUGCGCAUUAGUUAAAAGAAAUGUAGACGGUCAUAUUGAAUCUAUGGGUAAUAUACCAUUUAUAGUGUAUAAUGAAAUUCGCGAUAUUAGACUUUUGAAUGGAAAUGGAGGGUUUGGCGAUAUUUUUAAAGCAACUUGGGUGAAUAAUUUAGGAGAAAAAAAAAGUAGCUCUUAA